GAAUUGGCGACUAAUUUCGGGUCGCUGAAAUUGACGUUGAAGAAUUUUUGAAAUUUUUUCCCAUUUUCACUCAGUGUGCGAAAACAGCUGAAGAGUCUGAAAAAAACAAAAACGACGACGGCUGAGGAGGAUCUCGACACGCUCUCCAACAAUAAUGUAGCUGAAGAGAAACGCAAGAAAAGGUUAGAAUGGAAUUUACAGCUGAGAAUUUGGAGAAGGCCGUGUGCCUGUUCUAUAGGUCGGAGGCAGGGCAGCAGGCGGAGGCGCACAAGUGGUUGACAAAUGCACAGAAUUCGCCGCAGGCUUGGAGCUUUGUCUGGGAUCUGCUGCAUCCGCAAAGGGGCUCAGAAGUGCAGUUCUUUGCAGCGACGACGCUGCACACGAAAAUACUAAAGUAUUGGAAUGAGGUGCCUCAGGAUCACUAUGAGGUGUUGAAGAAGCGAAUCUUGGAGUCCAUAGUGAGCUUUGCGAUGGGCCCCAAGAUUGUGUUAAAUAGAUUAUGCAUCGCUUUGUCUGCGUAUAUAAUUCACACGGUUCCGCAACAUUGGCCCAAGGCGUUCGAGGAGCUGGUGAGCAGCUUUCAGCCUCAGUAUUUGCCUAACGUCGAGCCGGAACGCGUGAUAUGGAUUUUAUUGGAAAUAUUAACAGUCAUCCCCGAAGAAUUUUCCAGCAUGACUUUGGCGACGAGUCAAAGGUAUCGCGUCAAGAAUGUGCUUCAAGAAGUGUCCAAAGAUAUUUUGAAAGUGGUCGAGAUGUGUCUGGUUCCGAUCCCGAAUGCCAAUUUCGAUAUGUCCAAUCUGACGACGUACUUGCACUCGGCAAGAUGCGCCUCCGCCUGGAUCCAAUUGGGCGGAGUCAACAUCGACGAGUGCACGAGAAUCAUGAAUUUAUUGGUUGACCUGACGUGCUUCGUUUAUUGGAAUCGGAUCGAUCCGGAAGGCAUGUCGUCCGAAGAGAUGGAACUGACGGAGGUGACGUUGGAGGCGUUGACUGCGGUCAUCCAGCAUCCGCACACCAGCAAAUACAAGUCGUACAUUUUGAAGCAUUCGGCGAAUAUAUUGGAAAAGUUCAACAAGAUUUUAGAGACUGAGACGGGUAAUCCGGAGCCGAAUAAGGAUAUUUUAACGAGUAUUUAUUUAUUGCUAGUGAGUCUGGCGGACAGCCACUGUAAACUGUUUGUGGAGACGCUGCGAAGCAGCAACGCUGUGGAAUACAAGAUCUCCGACGAUCUGUUCAAGUGCAUACUUCAAUGCUCUGAUCUGCCGGGAACGUAUCCUGUGGACGAGACGAGCAGCACCGUCACUUUCAGCUUCUGGUAUACGCUGCAAGACGAUAUUCUGUCGAUGGACAGCGAGGAAUGCACCAUGUCUCUGGUGAUCGUGAAACCGUACUACAGACAGCUGGUCGGGAUGCUGCUGAGGAAAUCUAUGUUACCCAACGACGAAGAAAGUAAGACUUGGACUUUAGAUGAUAAGGAGAUGUUCCGAUGCUACCGACAAGAUAUAGCCGACACCUUCAUGUAUUGCUACAACGUGCUCAAUCUAGAGAUGCUCGAUAUUCUCAUCGUGCAGCUGGAGAACGCGCUGCAAAAGUGCAACGAUUCACCGUCGCAUUGGAACUGGGUGGACAGUUGUUUGCAUGCGUUCUGCGCGAUCGCCGAGUGCAUCGAGAUGGAGAAUCUGUACCUCCCGAAGCUGAUGGUCGUCCUCAAGGAUAUACCGUACGCGAAUCUGCGCACGAAAGUGUUAUCGUCCGCCCUCGAAUGCGUGGGGGCGUACUCGGAAUGGAUGACCGAUCAUCCCGAUGUCAUAACGAACGUAAUCCCAUUGGUCAUCUCUGGAUUGAGCAAUCCCGAAGUCACGCCCAGCGCCACGAUGGCGUUGAAGGAUCUCACCCACAACUGCCAGAAACAUCUGGAACCGUACACCGACCACAUCCUGGCAUCAUGUCAGUCUUGUUUGCAAAGCGGAAACUUUAAGCUGGCCGAGUGCAUACGACUGAUGUCGAGCGUCGGGAAGGUUAUGAGCAUACUGCCGGUGGCUAAUGUGAUGCAAUAUCUUAACGUUAUCGUGGCCCCAUCUUUUGAGGAAAUCCAAUACGUAUUAGGUCAACCUCCAGGACCCGGAGUGGCGACGAGACUUAUAACGCGUCUGAAGAUGCUCUCCUCGCUCUACGGUUCGCUUUACCUUACCCUCUUCACUUACGAAGACGUGCAGCCGUUGCUCGUCGUCGUGCAGAACACGAUGCAUCUGUACACGAUGAUCGGGUCCAAGUACCAUGCGAACAAAGAGGUGAUCGAAGUCCUCUGCAACAUGCUGAAGCACACCUUGACGACCUUGCUCGACGACAGCAGACCCCUGGUAUCGGACUACAUGAACCUUCUUCUGAGCGUAAACCGGGAGACGCCGCAACCGAGCGUCCUUCAACUAUCGAAAACCCUGAUGAUCCUCUUCGGCAAAGAGGAGCAGCACGUUCAGAACAUGCGUCAACUGAUGACCGAACUGACGAACACCUCGCUGCAGGUGUUCGCGAAUCUGAGCAGCACGAAUCAACUCUCAGAAAAGUCCGAUCUGAUCGAAUCGUUCUUCUCGAUGUUGGCGCAGGUGUACAAGAAGGUUCCUGAUCUGAUCAACAAUAGUCCCAGUAUAGAGGUGUCUUCCGUCUUCGAGUGCGCCAUCUUUUGCCUGAGCAUGCCUGAAACGCAGACGGUGAAAAUCGUGGCCACCUUCCUCUGCAGUUUCAUCUCGCAUAGUCGCGACAACGCGCACGCUGCCGUCGUCCAGAAUUACGGUGAAUCGCUGCUGAUGAAGGUGCUCCUCAGUUUGGGUGGAUCGGGUCCGAGGAGCGCCAUAGACGUCUUCUCCGACGUGAUGUUCGCGCUCAACAAGAAAUACUGUGAUAACCUCGCCCGAUGGCUGAACGGUCUUCUGCAGCAGGAGGGAUUCCCGACGACGAAGAUCACGUCGCAACAGAAGGCGUAUUUCAUCAAGAUGAUCUUAAAGGAAAAGUCGAACAAGAGAAAAUUUGGGGAGGCGGUGAUGGAGUUCGCGCUCACAUGUCGUGGCAUAAUCAAAUUGGAGGGCCCCUAAUCAUCAUCAGACAACAACAACAACAACAUUAUUUUAAUUAUUAUUAUUAUUAAUUACAAGGCAGUAGAAACGGAAACAAAACGCGAGAUGCCGUCUCCAAUGGGACGAGAAUACCAUCAUCAUCGUCCAUGUAUCCGUAAUAGUCGGCGUCGAUGUCCUUCAUCAUUUCAGCUCGCGUCUUCCGUGGAGGCGGCGGCGGCUCCUGCUCAAACAAAUCCCUAACGCCUAAACAAAACAGAAAAAAAAAGACAUAGUAUUUCAUCUGUUUCUCUUUCUAUCUUUCCUCGCUCCGCGAUUACUCGAUUUCCGUGGAUGCGUCUAUUUUUAAGCUUCAAAGAUAAAAUAAUGUUACCACAAAGAAGAAGAA